GGGGGUAGGGAGUGACCGCCGCGAGCCUAGCCCGCCCUCUUCCGCUGCGGCGCUGGGAAUGGAAACAUCUGCGCCACGUGCCGGAAGCCAGGUUGCGGCGAAAACAGCACGCCACUCCCUGUCCUACGGCGCUGAGCCUCCGCGGGAGUCCUCGCGAGACGAGAUCGCUGAAAUGGCCGCGUCCAGUCAAGGAAAUUUUGAUGCACUAGACCUUGCAGAACUUGCUAAAAAGCAACCAUGGUGGCGCAAGCUAUUCGGCCAGGAGUCUGGGCCCUCAGCUGAAAAGUAUAGCGUGGCAACCCAGCUGUUAAUUGGAGGUGUCACUGGAUGGUGUACGGGUUUCAUAUUCCAGAAGGUUGGGAAGUUGGCUGCAACAGCUGUGGGUGGAGGAUUUUUUCUCCUUCAGGUUGCAAACCAUACUGGGUACAUCAAAGUUGACUGGCAACGCGUAGAGAAGGAUAUGAAGAGAGCCAAGGAACAGCUGAAGAUCCGUAAGAGCAACCACUUACCUACAGAGGUGAAAAGCAAAGCUGAGGAGGUGGUGUCAUUUGUGAAGAAGAAUGUUCUAGUGACUGGAGGAUUUUUUGGAGGCUUUUUGCUUGGCAUGGCAUCCUAAGGAGGACGACUCAUUGUUCCUGCUUUUUCCAACUAGCUGCCUCUUCACUCCAUCAUAGGACAUCAAGUCUUCUCUUCCUCCUCCUCUUCUCCUGUGCCUUUCUCCCCGCUGCAGCAUAUCUGAAUGGCUUCUGUAGGCAUCUGUUGGUACAAACUGAUAUGGCCCUACUGUGAGCCUCAUGACAACAACGGAAGAGACAAUAGACAUUAACUCUCCUCCCAGAACACUCCCUAUUUGACUAAUCUGUAGGUCAACAAGAAUGUUCCUUUCCCCCUACGUAUGAUACUUACUAGAACUUACUGCAAGAUGGCUCACCAUGGAGGAUGAGUGGAUCCUCAAAAGUUGUCCCAAACAAUUUGGAAAAGGCAUAACAAGCACAUGGAUAACCAUAUUAUGUGCUACAUGGAAAGGAACUGAAUACAUUUGCCUUUAAGCAUGAAAGAUUUUGGUAUCUUGGUGUCUACUUUCUUUUUUAGUUGGUUUUAGAUUAUAGAAACAGAGAUAUUUAUACCUGAUAAAUUAUCCUGACAAAAUAAUGGCACAAGUACUAUAAUUGAAAAAUUAUGAAUGUAGAAUGAACUUGCACUAAAGGUAUAUAUGCUGAACAGAAGAUACUGUGUUUGGUGGGAAAAUCUUUAGGGAAAUAACCAAUAGGUACAUCGUUGGAAGUCAGACUUAAUCAUUCAUGGGCAUUAAGAUAUUAUCCAGGAGGUGGGGGUUUCUACCAUAUAGGAUAGUGCUCAUGACUAUUCCCAAAGGGUUUGUUUAUGGUAAAAGAAGUGACUUUAGGUGGGAGAAGGAAUAAGCUUUUGGGUUUUUCAUAAAAAAGAUUUUAAGCUUUGAAUUGUGAAGUAUUCUUUACUUGUCAAAACAUUGGAUGGUCAUAGUUUAUCUGCCAAUUCUAUUUCUUUGUCCAGUUAGCAUAAAAUACAUAACAUUUGAACCAGAGUUUUAAAGGGAUAGCAUUUUAGAUUUUCAGAAUUGAGAAUGGUGGCAAUAGCAUAUGUAAAAUAAAUUAUUUACAUUGUGAAUUGUAAUGUCUCAUGAUGACUCUGACUCUUACACUUAAUUCUUUAAAAUAAAAGUUUAUAGAAACACAUAUGCUUAGAAUCUUAGCACAUUUUGCUCUAAUGGCCUGAUAUCACAUCUGCAAUCCUAUCUAGAAUAUAUGCUUCUAGAGGGCAAGUCUUGUGUGUUCACCAUUAUACCUAUCAGGCCUAGCACUUAAUGGGUACUCACUGUUUGUUGAAUAUAUGAAUAAUGAUCUCAUACAAAGGUAUCUGGAGAAGGGACUGAUGCAAAAAAUUGAGACUAUGAGUUCUGGGAAUGCAGAACAUUUGGAAUUAAUUUGUAAACUUGCAGGUGAUCCCUUGCAAGUUUAAGCCCUUCCUUUUAAAAUAUUUGCCUUUUAACUUAGCUUGGGAAUGAUGUAUUGAACAUGGAUAUUAUAACUACCAGUGGAUUUGUGGAACUUUUUAGAAUUCAUGUGUUCCCAUUUUUCUCAUUACAUUACGGUAGUACUUUAAAGCAGCAUAAGCUAUUUUGCUUACAAUAUUUAUGAAUUGUCCCCAAUAAUACUAUAAGCCUCUUUGUUGCAUAUUUUUAUACAAGAACUUAAAUUUUUUUUCACAUUUUAUUACGGAAACU